AUGACGAGCCCCGCCCAGAUCUCCUCGACGGCAGGUGCCCUCACGGACACCGUGGUGCCCGCCAUCGCGCCUCCCUCGCCGGCCGCCCUUGCAGUCAACGUCGCUAGCGUGAAAACGCACAUCCCGGUCGUCCUCGACCUCCAGGCUUCCAACUUCGCCAAGUGGGACAUGCUGCUCGGCGUUCUCCUCGGCCGGUACGAACUCACCGACCACAUCUCCGUCGACACCCCGGCCGCUGCUCGCACUGCCGAGUGGCUGCGUCUGGACUUCACCGUCCGCUCGUGGCUGUACGGCUCCAUCAGCAACGACAUCCUCGACACCAUCAUGGGCCCGAACCAGACCGCCUACGUCGCCUACACGCUGAUCCGCAACCUCUUCCUCGACAAUCAGCUCACUCGCGCGGUCUACCUCGAGGCCGAGUUUCGUGCCCUAGCACAGGGCGAUCGCACCAUCGCCGCCUACUGCCACCGCCUCAAGUCCCUCUCCGACGCUCUUCGCGACGUCGGCCAGCCCGUGACCGACCAAACCCUGGUCCUCACCUGUCUGCGCGGUCUGAAUCCGCGGUUCAGCGACAUCACCACGCUCGUCACCAUGCAGGUUCCCUUCCCAACCUUCCUGCAGACGCGCUCUCUCCUGCUCCUCCGCGAGAACCAGCUCGCCGCCUCGCUCCCAGGGAUGCCGUCGGCGUCUCAGGUCGCUCUGUACGGGCAGACCACCGGCCCCUCCUCCGGCGGAGCUCCAAGCGGCGGCUCCGGCAACGGCAAUGGUCGCUGGAAGAAGAAGAAAAACGGGACUCAUGCUCCCGUCGACCCGCGCGGCAACUGGACCGCACCCGCGCCCGGCCCCUGGAUCUGCUUCAACCCCUACACGGGCCAGACGCAGCCCAUGCCGCCCGUGCAUCCCACCUGGCGCCCAGCUGCACCACCGGCCGGUGGACAAGGCCUCCUGGGUCCGCGGCCCGCCGGACCACCUCCUCGCCAGCCCACCUGA